AUUUACCGGUGGCCAAAUUACGCCUAGUCCCGCCAUUCCCUAGGCGAGAGUAAAACUAAAAACCUCAUAAACCCCAUUCCGCCAUUGUCGAAAGGUGCAAACUGCAAAGUUUGGAGAGGAUUUCUGAGACGGAGAAAGGUUUUGACAGAGCGCAAUGGUAGGCGACCAAGACAUGAGUGGCUGGAGCGAUUUGCUUCAUUCCUCGACCAGACUUCUCGAGCAGGCCGCUCCUUCUGCCCAGUUUCCUCCUCUUCAGAGGAAUUUGGACCAGUUGGAAGCAUUGUCCAAAAAGCUCAAAGCUAAAACUGUUCGAACCGAGGCUCCUUCCCAAUCAAUUGCUGCCACAAGGCGAGUUUCCUCGCUACUUGCACGUGAAGGGAUAAAUGCUGAGCAACUGGCCCGUGAUUUGAAAUCUUUUGAGCUUAAGACAACCUUUGAGGAUGUGUUCCCUACUGAAGCUACAAGUGUUGAGGAGUAUUUGCAGCAGGUUCAUGAAAUGGCCAUGGUGUCAUCUAUCCAAGAAGCUCAGAAGGACAAUGUGAGGGGCUUCAAUGAUUAUAUGAUGAAAGUUCUGGAGGAGGAUUGGCAAAAAGAAAAACGUGAUUUUCUUCAUAGCUUGAGUCGGCUUUCAACACUACCGAGGGCUGACGUAGUCGAUACAAACACACAUAGUACUCGUCCGGGGAAACUCUUAUCUCUUGCUUCAAGUAGCCCAUUGGUCUCUUCUGGUUCUGCUGCCAUGGACAUUGUACCGUUUGCUAACAAACCAAUAGCGGAGAGAAAAGCUUUGGCAUAUUCUGAAGUUGUGAAGAAUCUGAAUAGUGCAAGAGAACGUGGAUUGCCAUUUAAACCGGCAGCUUCUUUCAAGGGUGCUUAUGAAAAUCUAAGUUUAGAAGGAUCUGGUGGCAAAUCAGUGAACAUGCAGAAGAUGUGGCACCUUAUUCAGUCUUUAACAGGCGAGAAUUCCACCAUCCAACGGAAUUUCUCAACAAAAAUGUCAAUAGUUAUCGGUGCGAGGCAUCAUCUGGAAUGGGGACAUGAAAAAUAUAUGAUGGAUACUAUUCAAAGUCACCCUGCACAGGCUUCUAUUGGUGGAACUGUUGGAAAUAUGCAGAAAGUUCGUGGAUUUCUUCGGAUUCGUUUGAGGGAUUAUGGACUUCUAGAUUUUGAUUCAGAUGAUAGCCGUAGGCAGCCUCCAGUUGAUACCACUUGGCAGCAGAUCUAUUAUUGUUUGAGGACUGGAUACUACGAUGAAGCCAGAAAUGUUGCUCUAUCUUCCCGUUCAUCUCACCAAUUUGCACCCUUGCUUACAGAGUGGAUUAACACUGGAGGCAUGGUGCCUGCAAGCAUUGCAGCCGCUGCUUCAGAAGAAUGUGAAAAGAUGUUAAGAAUGGGUGACCGGGCAGGUCGAGCUGCAUAUGAUAAAAAGAAGCUGCUGCUCUAUGCUAUGGUUUCUGGUUCUCGCAGGCACAUUGACCGUCUACUGAGAGAUCUACCCAUGCUUUUUGGUACAAUUGAGGAUUUCUUGUGGUUCACGUUAUCAGCUGUACGUGAUGUUCCUGCUGAGACUUCAUCGACAGUCUUGCAUGAAGGCUCCAUGCCAUACACAUUGGAAGAUUUGCAGGCUUACCUGAACAAAUUUGAGCCGUCUUAUUAUACCAAGAAUGGGAAGGAUUUGCUAGUGUACCCUUACGUGCUGCUUUUAAGCAUCCAGUUGCUACCAGCUGUAUUACACCUGUAUAAGGAAGCUGCAGGUGAAGGAUAUGAUAUUGAUGCUAUUCACUUAUCAGUUGUGCUGGCAGACCAUGGGCUUCUUUCAUCCGAAGGUACUAAUACUGGAAGAAAACUUGGAGUAAUGGAUGCUUACGCAGAGGCUGCUAGCAUAAUUAGACAGCAUGGAUCUGCAUAUUUGCGUAAUGGGAACCUUUCAUUGGCAUUGGAAUAUUAUGCACAAGCUGCUGCUGCAGUGGGGGGUGGAGAGAUUUCUUGGACUGGUAGAGGUAAUGUGGAUCAGCAACGGCAGAGAAACUUGAUGCUGAAGCAGCUUCUCACUGAGCUACUACUACGAGAUGGUGGAAUUAUGUUCUUACUUGGUCCAAGGGGUGCUGGAGAAGAAGGUGAAUUAGGACGAUUUUUAAACGAUGAUAGAUCGAGACAUCAAUUUCUUCUUGAAGCUGCUUUCCAAUGUCUGGAAGCUGGCCUCCAUGAUAAAUCAAUAGAAAUUCACAAGAGAGUUGGGGCUUUUGGUAUGGCCUUGGACACAAUCAAUAAGUGUCUUUCUGAGGCAAUUUGUGCCUUGGCUCGUGGUAGAUUGGAUGGAGACACCAGGACAAGUGGUCUUAUUCAUUGUGGAAAUGAAAUUUUGGAAGCUUACAAGUAUCAUCCUGAUAUCAGGUUAGUGCAACUACUACUUAUAUUUUCCUUGUCAUCUUCUCAUGAAGAGUUCUACCCUAAAGAGAGAGAGCGUGUUCUGGAACAAGAAACGGUGUUGAGACAGCUUGAGGCAAUAUUGUCUGUCCACCAGUCGACGAGAAUGGGAAAUUACCUGGAAGCAUUGAGAGGGAUUGCCGCACUUCCUUUUCUGCCAUUAGAUCCUCGGGCACCAGAUGCAAAUGUCAGGGAGUUCCAGAAUCUAUCUCCCCAUGUAAAAGACUGCAUUCCUGACGUUUUGAAGGUAGCUCUAACAUGUAUCGACAAUUUGACGGAUACUGAUGGGUCGCUUCGUGCCAUGAGGGCCAAGAUCGCGCAGUUUCUAGCGAACAACAUGAAUAGGAACUGGCCUCGUGAGCUGUACGAGAAAGUUGCACGGAGCUUGUGAGGUUAGCAGAACUGAAGGCUGAUCAUGUGAGACAUGGCUUCUGAGUUCUCUGUUGAAGGAAAGAAUGCAUGUACGCAGUUGCAAUCCAGUCGUUGAACAAAGCCCGUCCAUAUCUCAGUCAAACUUUUGUAUUAACCUUUUUGUAGCCCAUGACCCCCCCUUACGAAUUUUCUUAAGUCGGACUAGACUGAAUAUAACUCAAACUGAGUAUUGAUUUUAUGAAUUUUCUUAAAUAUGAAAGUGAUGGACCCUCUAUUUCACCACCUAUCA